CAACAAGCUGAAAACCAUACAAAUAGCUUAGAAAUUCCAAGAAUAUUUUAAUUACAACACAUUUGUGUGAAACAAGUACAUAGCUGGUGCAUAAAUUUUGCAUAUCGUUCAUUGGCACGAGUUUUACGUCAAAAAUGACUCAAACACCUUUUCGAAAUAAGUUUUUAUAGAUCUGUUUAGUAGUGAAAUGCAAAUACUUCACAAACCAGUUUAUAUAAAGAACUCUUGUGGUACGAUCCGUACUAGAGAUCAUCACGAUGUUCAACAGGUUCUUUCCAUUAUUCUUCGUAUUUUUGGGCAAAGCCCAAGAACAGGCUGAAAUCAACUACUACGCAGAACUAAUUUCAAAUGUUACCGAAGAAGCAUACACGUAUCAACUACCGAAAGGCGCCUACGAGUACUACUCUCCCAAGAAACGUCAAUAUUUUGGCUCCUACGAUUUUAUCGUCGUCGGUGCUGGUGCUGGUGGUACCGUUGUCGCCAAUCGUCUAACUGAAAUCAAGAACUGGAACGUACUAGUCCUGGAAGCUGGGGGUUAUGGCGAUGACGCGACUGACGUACCUAAUUUGUAUGGACCUAUCGAAUUCACUCGCUACAACUGGGGAUUUAACAGUACACCACAAACGACAUGUUGUUUAGGGCUCCAAAAUCACAUAUGUCCCUACCCGAGAGGCAAAGGCGUCGGAGGUUCCACUCUAAUCAACGGUUUGGCUUAUUCCAGAGGCCACAAAUCCGACUUCCAGAAAUGGGAAAAAUUUGCAAAUAGUAAACGAUGGGGGUACGACUCGGUACUCUACUAUUUCAAAAAAUCGGAGAACUUCGUACACAACGACAAGCAAGCGCCGUAUGAACCACAGUACCACGCUACUGGUGGCUACCUGAAUGUAGAGUACCACGAACCCAGAAGCCCACAACUGAACGCCUACUUGGAAGCUAAUAAAGAAUUAGGUUACGAUAUAGUUGAUUACAAUGCGAAUAAAAUAGGAGCGUCACCCGUCCAACUAAAUACCAUCCAUGGGCGCAGAUUGGACGGUGGUAAAGCCUUCAUCCACCCAGUACGACGACGCAAAAAUUUGAAACUUUUGACCUACAGCUACGUAACGAAACUACGAAUUAAAAAUGGGGUGGUUAGGGGUGUUGAGUUCUCCCAUAAGGGAAACAAUUACGUGGUUCAAGCCACAAAAGAAGUGAUUCUUGCAGCUGGGGUUUUCGGUACUCCACAGAUUCUCUUACUGUCGGGUGUUGGUCCCAGAAAACACCUAGAAGAUCUAAAGAUCGACGUAGUUGCUGACUUAGAAGUCGGGAGUACUCUUAGAGACAACUCAGUGUUUUACGGAAUCUCGAUUAGUACCAAUUACACGGAACCGAUUCGACCGUUGAAGGAGUACGUUAAAGAGUACUUGAAUGGAGUGGGACCCUACGCGAUUCCAAGUAACGACCAAGGAAUAGGGUUCUACGAAUCCAGUUACACGAAAGGUACCGGAAUCCCAGAUAUAGAACUGCAGGUAAUCACGGCCAACGGUACCAGCGCUCUGGCACAACGAAUGUUUUAUCUGACCGACCAAACUUUCGAAGAUUUGUGGAAAUACGUGAACAUUCCACGAACUUUCAAUGUGUGGGUUAUCGAUUUACACGCUCAGUCCGUGGGUACUAUAAGACUAAAAUCGAAAAAUCCGUACGAGUACCCUUUGAUUGAUUCUAAUUUUAUCUCGGAUCCUGAAAAUAGGGAUAUAAAUACGCUUUAUGAGGGGAUUCAACUGAUUUUGAGAUUAUUGGAAACUAAAGCUUUGAAGGCGAUCAAUGCCACGUUGCAGGGGGGUCCACUAAGGGCAUGCAAACGUUACGAGUACCUUUCCAGGGAUUAUUGGUACUGCGCUUUAAGACAGCUGACUAUAAAUUUGUACCAUCCUUUGGGGACUUGUCCCAUGGGAACUGAUCCGAAAAAGGGAGCGGUCGUCGACUCUGAAUUGAGGGUUUUUGGUUUUAAGAAUUUGAGAAUCGCUGACGCCAGCGUUUUCCCAUUGGCUUUGGCUGGACACCCGAAUGCGCCGACGGUUAUGGUGGGAGAACAGGCGGGAGAUUUGAUAAAAUUGACGUACCUUAAAUACGUGGACUAAUUAAAAUUAAAAAAGUCAUUUAUUGUUGCCACAAUAAUGGAAUUUAAAUAUUAUACGUAGUAAAUUAGGGGAGAAUAAUUUCUUCAAUUACACUCUUAUCGUAGAAACGUUAUCUACAAUGAAUGUAGGUUACCUUAUUAUAUUAUGAUAAAAGUAAUUACUUG